CAGACUAUAAAACCAUCCCCCAACCUGUUGUCAGAACUGGCAUUCAUCCACAAGGCUUCAGUAAAGAAGAAAACACCCUCUUCAGGCUCAUACGUGACACGGCUGGGUCUUCAUUGCUACCUAACUUCCACUCUCGUGCUAGUCGCUAGGCGAACGGUACACCAGUCCUGACAUAUUACCGGACGCUUCGUUGUGCAUGCUUUGGCCCUCGUCUCUCCAUAUUUCCUUUUGACAAAUAGACCGAGCUGCUGGCCCACGGUCUGUCGGUGUUCCGUAUCUCGACCUGGGUCUCGAAGAACUCAGACACAUAAAUCUGUGCCAACUAGCGCAACAACUCUUCGCAAAGUCAAAACCAUAGUCAUCAUGGCGUUGCCGCACGGCUACAUCUGCGGUUGCUACUUCCUGCUGCCUCCCAUCAACGCGUGGAGCUUCCCGCAGAAGAGGUACAUCGCACAGGCUAACGCAAAGGUGCACACCACAAUCCUCGCCUCAACCUCGCGGACGACCUUGACACAGACGUUUGUAAACCCGUCUGGACAUAAGGCCAUCAAGGAGUUGAACUACAGCUUCCCACUGUACGAUGGCGUCUCGGUUGUUGGUUUCACGUGUCGGAUAGGUAACCGCACAAUCGUCGGGGAGGUCAAAGAAAAGGAAAAGGCCCGCGCCGUCUACAAGAAAGCAAAGGAAAGGGGAGAAGUCGCCGGCCUGCUGGAACAGUUGCCUGAAGCCUCCGAUGUGUUCCUCACAAAGCUGGGAAACGUACCUCCAGGAGCUUCCGUCGUGGUCGAAGUCACGUACCUGGGCGAGCUGAAGCACGAUGCUGAGGUCGAUGGCAUCCGCUUCACAAUCCCAACGUUUGUCGCUCCCCGCUAUGGAAGCUACCCUUCGGACGUGUCCAGUUCCUGGGACACCUCGGCGGUUGCAAAGGGCCUCGAGGUCACCGUAGACGCAGAGCUUGGGGAGGGGUCCUACAUCCGCGAGAUGCGAUCUCCCAGUCAUCCUAUAGCCAUCUCGCUGGGCACCACUUCCCUUGCCAAGGACGCUGAUCCGCAGCCGAACAAGGCGUCCGCGACACUCAGCCUGGCCUCCGCUGAGCUUGACAAGGACUUCGUUCUACAGGUGGUCGCAAAGGAGACGGCUGUUCCAAAGGCAAUGCUCGAAACCCACCCCACGAUCCCAGGCCAGCGCGCACUCGUGGCAACUCUCGUACCCAAGUUCGCACUUCCAGCUGAGCGCCCGGAGAUCGUGUUCGUCUGCGACCGAAGCGGCUCGAUGAUGGGCAGCAAGAUCGCCGCCUUGCGAAAUGCCCUGAAGGUCUUCGUCAAAUCUUUGCCCCUUGGCACCAAGUUCAACAUAUGCUCUUUCGGCUCCAACUUCACCUUCCUGUGGGAGAAAAGCAGCUCUUAUUCUCAGUCCAGCUUGGACGAGGCAAUGAGGCACAUCGAGACCUUCGACGCGAACUACGGCGGUACGGAGAUGUACGAGCCAAUGGCAGAGACCAUCAAGCGCAGAUACAAGGACAUGAACCUGGAGAUUUUCCUUGUGACAGACGGCGAGAUUUGGGAUCAACAACGUUUGUUUAAUCUGCUCAACGAGGAAAUUGGCGUGAAGGGAGCUCCCAUUCGCGUUUUCACCCUCGGUAUUGGCGACGCGUUCUCGUCCUCGCUGGUCGAAGGCGUCGCUCGCGCGGGCAAUGGCUUCUCGCAAGCGGUGGGAGAGAACGAAAAACUUGACAGCAAGGUCGUUCGUAUGCUCAAGGCUGCCCUUUCACCACAUAUCAACGACUACACCUUGGAGGUUCAAUAUGAGGAUGGCACCGUAGAAAGGGCUGUUGAUAGUUUGAAGCUGACGCUAGGCGAGCCAGCGAAAAAGGCCUCGCCUUCCUUCAAGGAAAAGAUCAAGGCGAAAAUCUCGCUCUUCGACACGUCCGUUGACCUUGACGCCAGUGAGCCGUCAGCCAAGAAUGAGGAUGGCCAGGCCAGGUACGAUCAUCUGCCGACCAUCGAGCCUCCAAAACUCCUCCAGGCCCCGCACAAGAUCCCUUCUCUGUUUCCGUUCUCACGCACGACGGUCUAUCUCCUGAUCUCUCCUCUUGCAGAACAGAGCACUCCAACCGCCGUUGUUCUUCGAGGGACGUCUAAACACGGCCCACUUGAGCUCGAGAUCCCUGUGCAGGUGUUGCCUAAGCCCGGACUGACCUUUCAUCAACUUGCGGCAAAGAAAGCUGUGCAGGAGCUUGAAGAAGGCCGCGGCUGGCUUGCCAGCGCCAUGGAUGCUUCCACGGGAAAAUUAUUGAAGAUUCAGCAUGAGGGUCGAUUCGGCGAGUUUGUCGAGCGCGAGGCGGUGCGUCUAGGUGUGAUGUUCCAAGUCGGCGGCAAGUUCUGCUCCUUCGUUGCGGUAGAACAGAAGGAUAAGGACGGUGAUAAUGCUGUUGAGAACGCCGAAGAUUGGGAGUUCUUGGACGACGAAGUACGGAAACUGAAUCUUCAGGGAGGAAGCGACGAUGAGGCUGGUCCUCCUGGCUUCAAGACCGGUGGUCGUGGAGGAUUGAUGGCGAGUGCAAGACAUGGCCUGCGCCGUAGCCGAUUCGCCGCUCCAGUGGCAGCGCCGGGUGGUAGAGCAAUGUCCGGAUCGGCAGCGACAGCGCCUGCGCCUGCGCCUCCGCCUCCGCCCACAUCAAGCCUGAUGUCUUACGGCGUCCCCGCCCCUUCUGCUCUGAUGUCUGCUCAAAGCGCAGCGUCCUUUCAGCAAGCAGCGCCUCCGCUUGGCGCUCGCACAAGCCCUCAGAGUGGGUUCGGUGCUGCAGUCUCAUUGAGGAGCGGCAGUUACGAUGAUGAGGAUUAUGCGAGCGAUACGAGCGCCGGGUACGAUUCUCCUCAAAGCAGUCCCGCCGCCGACCUGACCGCGAAGCCGUCAAUCGAGGAUGUGAUCACGCGUGGCUAUGAGCUACCAAAAUCAGAGAAGUCGAAGAAGAGGAAAUCUGCUGCACCUUCAGGUGUAUUUGACAGCUUCCGCUCUUCGCCCCCACGACAGCCUGCCGACCCACUCCAGGUGCUUAUCGAGCUUCAGACCUUUGAAGGUUAUUGGGGGCUAGAUGAGAAGCUUUGUGUGGCGGUGGGCGCGGACAUGGCGACGGCUACGCAAGAGGCUAAGAGCAUAGACAUGGACACAAAAGUGCUGGCCACUGCUCUCGCGGUAUAUUUCAUGGCGACGAAGUUGAAGGACGACGAGGACACCUGGGAGUUGGUCGUGGAAAAGGCCAAAGGCUGGCUAGAGAUGAAUGGCUUCGGUGAGGAUCACGACGUUUGGAAGAUUGUAGCUGGGUUAAUCUAGGUCUACACAUCCAUCUUUCCUUUGCACACAGUAAGGGACACGCACCAGAGGCGUCGCCGCGCUCUGCCCUGGAGACGAAAUGAAUCGGUAGUAAUGACAGUUUUAAAUAACAAUAUUUCUCCAUCGAGCCACGGCCGAUUGAAAUUGAACUGCCUCACAUCAUAGAAA